AUGGCGUUCCGUUUUGUCGCACACAGGAUACCCGCCAAUUUGGCAUUGCGCUCCGGUUCGUCACUGAGAUUCUACUCGCAAGCGGCAACAGCCUCUGCGACAAAGCCUAAUGACACUCAUCAACAGCAGGCCAGCAAACUACCGAACCCUGACCCCGCCGAGGACUCCGCGUCCGCUACAAUCGUCCGCGAACAUGCCCCCUUUAUGGUCGCCACAUACUCGCGCCCCUCGCCGGUCUUCGUUCGCGCCAAGGGCUCCUACCUGUGGGACAUGGAAGACAGGAGGUAUCUAGAUUUCACCGCCGGUAUUGCCGUCACGGGUCUGGGCCACUGCGACACCCAGGUGUCUGAAAUCCUCGCCGAGCAGAGCAGCACCCUGAUGCACACCUCGAACCUCUACUACAAUCCAUGGACACUUGCGCUCUCCAAGGCGCUGGUUGAGAAGACGGUUGCCUCGGGAGGCAUGCACGACGCCCAGUCGGUGUUUGUAUGCAACUCUGGCUCGGAAGCCAACGAGGCCGCCAUCAAGUUCGCCCGCAAGGUCGGCAAGGUCGUCGACCCAUCCGGCAACAAGACAGAGAUUGUUUCCUUUGCCAACGCCUUCCACGGCCGCACCAUGGGCAGCCUGUCGGCGACGCAUAACCCCAAGUAUCAGGAGCCCUUCGCCCCCAUGAUCCCUGGGUUCAAGUGCGGCACAUACAACGACGUUGCCGCCAUUCCGGACCUGGUCACCGAAAAGACGUGCGGUGUCAUUGUCGAGCCCAUACAAGGCGAGGGUGGUGUCCAGGUCGCGACCGAUGAUUUCAUGAUCGCGCUUGCCAAGCGCUGCCGUGAGGUUGGCGCCCUGCUCAUCCACGACGAGAUCCAGUGUGGUAUGGCGCGCACCGGCUCUCUGUGGGCGCACAGCCGGCUGCCCAAGGAGGCACACCCAGACAUGCUGACUACGGCAAAGGCGCUCGGCAACGGUUUUCCCAUUGGCGCUAUCAUCGUCAACGGGCACGUGACGGAGAAGAUCAAGGUCGGAGACCACGGCACCACGUACGGCGGUAAUCCGCUUGCCUGCCGUCUGGCACACCAUGUGCUGGAGCGGCUGUCCGACCCCAAGCUGCACGAGAGUGUCAUGGGCAAGGGCGCAGUGCUCGCGCGUGGGUUGGCUCAGCUGAGGCAGAAGCACUCUGAGCUCAUUUCGGAGAUCAGAGGGAGGGGUUUGAUCUUGGGCUUGCAGCUGACGCAGGACCCAGCACCUAUAGUCUCUGCUGCUAGGGAGAGGGGAUUGUUGAUCAUAACGGCUGGGCACAACACCAUCAGGUUCGUACCUAGCUUGCUGAUCUCCGAGUCUGAGAUCCAGCAAGGUCUGGGCAUAUUGGAUGAAGCUAUUGUUGCCUCGAAGCAAGCGUCAUGA